AUGGCUAUCCAGCCUCAACUCGGAGGCAAAAGCAGCCAGUGUGGCUGGAUCACGGAAUACCUGGAAGGGAUAAGAGCUUUUGAUGAAUCCUCUGGGAAAAAGAUAUUUGAUGUAAUUUAUCCACGGAAACGACAUGUUCUACAUAAGAGAGAUGUAGAGGAACACCAGGGACCCAUAAAGCAGGAGAAGUAUGAAGAUCGGGUGCAGUAUGAGAUCGAUUUGAAGGGAAAGACUGUGAUCCUUCAUUUGGAAAAAAACAGGGAUUUCCUGUCCCCAGAUUAUGUGGAAGUCCAUUACUCAACCACGGGUGAGGCAGUCACGACAAGUCCUCAGAUCAUGGAAAAUUGCUAUUACCAGGGACAUGUGCUAAAUGAAGAGAUGUUUACAGCCACUGUGAGCACCUGCCAGGGUCUAAGGGGAUUCUUUAUACAUCAGGAAAAAGAUUACUUCAUUGAGCCAUGGGGGCCAAGAGAGCAAGAAGAACAAGAACAUGCCCUGUACACAUAUGAAACGCAGGAACAGAACCUUCCUGAGACAUCCUGUGGAGUAGACAUGGUGGAAGAGGAAGAACCAUUCAUGGAGAGGACUGUGAGGAUAGGCAACAAUGCCAUGAAACAAGAAGACAUAAAUCAAAAGAAAUAUAUCGAAUACUAUUUGGUCCUGGAUAAUAAAGUGUUCCGAAAGUAUAAUCGAAGCCCAGAGCAAAUCAGGCAGAGGGUUUUUGAUAUGGUCAACUUUGUCAACAUGCUGUACAAAAAGCUCAAUGUCCAUGUGGCCUUGGUGGGGAUGGAAAUAUGGACAAAUGGAAAUAAGAUAAAAAUAAACCCCAAUGCCAAUGUGACCCUGGAGAAUUUUUCAAACUGGAGAGGAAAUAUUCUCCCCAAAAUGAAACACCAUGAUGUUGCACAAUUAAUUACGGGUAUAGACCUCACUGGACCUACAGUGGGCUUGGCAUAUAUGUCAACAAUGUGCUCUCCAUACCGUUCUGUUGGCAUCGUACAGGAGAGAUGCCAUCUGCAGGAUCUGAGAAAUCCUUGGCAGGGUGGGAUACAUUUUUAUAUACCCAAGGACUUUAGUUCCUGUAGUCGUGAGAGCUUUGAGAAAUUCUUGAGAAGAGCAUCACCAGACUGCCUGAAGAAUAUCCCUUUACCUGAAGAUAUAAUAUCAACCCCAAUCUGUGGGAAUCUGAUAGUAGAAUUAGGAGAAGAAUGUGAUUGUGGAUCCUCAGAGGAAUGUACCAAUGUUUGCUGUGAUGCUGUGACAUGCAAAAUCAAACCAAAUUUUAAGUGUGCAUUUGGAGAAUGCUGUGAAAAAUGCCAGAUUAAAAAGGCUGGUACGCUGUGUAGGCCAGUGAAAGAUGAAUGUGACCUUCCAGAAAUGUGUGAUGGCAAGUCUGGGAGCUGUCCUGAGGACAGAUUCCGAGUCAAUGGAUUUCCCUGCAAAAAUGGUCAAGGUUACUGUCUGAUUGGGAAGUGCCCAACACUGCAGGACCAGUGUGUUAGUCUUUGGGGAAAAGGGGCUCAAGCUGCUGAAAAGUCAUGCUUCAACGUAAACAAUGGUGGUUCAACUUAUGGCUAUUGUCGAAAGGUGGAUGACACAUACAUUCCCUGUAAAGCAGGGAGUUCCAUGUGUGGCAAAUUAUAUUGCUAUGGCGGAUCAGAUGUUUUGCCCUGGAAGGGAAAGAUUAUGUCUUUCCUGACCUGCAAAACGUUCUCAUCAGAAGACAACAACCAAGAAAUUUCCAUGGUGGCUAAUGGAACCAAAUGUGGAAACAACAGUGUAUGCAUUAAUGGAGAGUGUAAAGACAUUGAGAGUGCCUACAAGUCAACAAAUUGUUCCUUAAAAUGCAAAGGACAUGCGGUCUGUGACCAUGAGCUUCAGUGUCAAUGUGAAGAAGGAUGGCUACCUCCUAACUGUGACAACUCCGUUGUUGUCAUCCAUCUUUCCAUUGUGAUGGGUGUGCUGGUUGCACUCUCCAUUGUAGUUCUCAUUGCUGUAAUUAUCCUCCGGCAUCAAAGCACAGCUAAGAGGAAAAAAGUUCAGAGCCAGUCCUGCCCCACUUCAGGCUCCAAACCAAGGCAAUGGACACCAAUGAGAAGACAACAGAAUGUACAAAGUACACCUUCCCAUGAGAUGGGUCCAAUGAGUCCACCUAUGUCUACACCUCCAACAGAAAAUAAUAAACCGCCUCUUUCUCUUCUAAUUACAAAGCAAAAUUUUCCACCAGCUCUGAUUCCUACAACUAGAUCGUCAUUUGUUCACCCAGGCACUCAUCCCCAAGUAUGA